UCUACUCAACAAACUAAACACCAACUACUGUAACGCAGUUACGAUCAAAGUCAAAUGCUUUGAGUUUGGAGUACUUGUUCGCAGCUCCAUCAAUGGCUGAUCCCAACCUCGCCUAUCUAUCUCUCCUCCUUCUUCUCCCUCUAUCUAUCCUCUUCUUCCUCUACCUCAUAGUCCGGCCACGCCCCGUCAGGAUCCCAAUCAAGAACCGCCAUGUGUUCAUCACCGGUGGAUCCAGCGGGAUCGGCCUCGCCCUGGCUCACCAGGCCGCUUCAGAGGGCGCGCGCGUCUCCAUCCUCGCCCGGUCCCUCGACAAGCUUGAGGACGCGAAGCAGGCGAUCCGGCUCGCCACCGGCGUCGACGUGGCUGUGUUCGCGGCAGACGUGCGCGACUACGACGCCGUCACGAAGGGCGUGGAGGAGGCAGGGCCCAUCGACGUGUUGAUCGUGAAUCAGGGGGUGUUCGUGCCUCAGGAGCUGGAAAGGCAGGGAUUGGAUGAGGUGAAGUUCAUGGUGGACGUGAAUCUGAUUGGAGCUUUCAAUAUGAUCAAAGCCGCUUUGCCUGCAAUGAAGCUUAACCGAAGCGACCGUGGGCCCGCCUCCAUCGCUCUCAUGUCGUCCCAGGCCGGCCAGGUGGGUAUAUACGGUUACACAGCUUAUUCAGCCAGCAAGUUUGGGCUUCGGGGUUUGGCAGAGGCUUUGCAACAGGAGGUCAUUGCGGAUGACAUCCAUGUCUCUCUUAUAUUCCCUCCGGACACCGACACUCCCGGUCUAGUCGAAGAAAACAAGAGAAGACCACAGCUCACCGCCAUCAUUGCAGCCUCCUCUGGUGCAAUGAAAGCGGAUGAAGUUGCGAUGAAAGCUUUAAGUGGCAUCAAAUCUGGUAGCUUUAUUGUUCCCUGCAACUUCGAUGGUCUGUUACUGUCUAUAGCAACUGCCGGUUUAUCACCCCAGAGAUCAUUCCUGAUGGCAUUUGUCGAAGUUGUUGCCACUGGUAUAAUACGUUUUGUAGCUCUAUGCUACCAGUGGAGCUGGUAUCGAAGUAUAGAAAAGUGGACGCGCAAAAAUAGGACCUAAAAGUUCAUGCUGCUUUCUGUGGGUAUCAAUACCUUGGGUGUUAGGAUGGCGGCUAUCAGUUCAGUUCUGCUGAUUACCAUCAAAGUUAUUACCACAUCGAUUCUUUUCCACCUUGUGCGCAGCUAUGCCAUGUUGUGUUAACAUAUCGGUCAUGUUCUUUUAGUUCCCAUUUUGCAGCAGAUUUUGAACUUUUUUGUAGCCGCAAUUAUCUUUUGGCCGAAUCAUUUCACUCUGUAUUUUUUUUUUC